AUGGCUCAGCCACUGACGGCUUCGAACUGUGCCGAUGAGAAUAUCACCGAUGUAGCGUCCGCACAAGCUGCCGGUGUCGAGAUCUUCCCGUUGAACAUCAGCUUGGUUCCGAAAGAAGCCAACCCAUGGCUCUUCGUUCGCAGGCAGCAACGAGAGGUCUGGCAGGCGGCCUUCAACGCGCUGCAGGAUGUGGUGGUGACCGGCUCACCCGGCAUCGGCAAGUCCUUCUCCAUGUCCUUCUUGUUGCGUGCCCUCAUGAACGCAAGUAAGACCUUUGUCUUCGAAGCACGCAGGUGGAACAGGGCGUACUUGUUCAAGCCUCACGCCGACGGCACUUACGAGGUCGGCAGCAUGACAAAGAAAGACUGGGAGCCGGGAGCGUGUGAUGAGCUGAAAGACCCUGCGAACUACUACGUCAUCGACCCCGGCGCGGCCGACAACGGAGGCAUCUGUUUUGUGGAGGCCAAGACUGUCGUCGCCCCCUCACCUGAUCCGCAGCACCUUGGAGAGUGGAAGAAGAUUCCCAACCUACAGUACUUGUACAUGGCCGCGUGCAGCUUGCAGGAGGCCCGGUGCAUAGUCAAGUUCCUCCGUCCCGAAUUGAACGAGAACCAGGUGGACGAGCGCUACAGGCGAUUUGGUGGUAUUCUUCGGCACCUGAUUUGCGACGACCCUGAGCCGGUGGAGAAAGCUCGCAACGAUACGCUGUCGAACCAGAACUUGGUCAGGCGAGUUUGGACAUCGGGCGUCAUUGAUAUGGGACGCGAUUUGAAGCCCGCGCACUUGCUCUUCCAGCUAGUACCAGAAAACGGUUGCACCAAGAGCAGGGUUGAGUUUGUUAGCGAAGAGGCACUAGACCUGACCAUUCAAGAGUAUGAGACGGAACUGGCUGACCUUUUGACAACGUUUGCCCCGCUUGCCAAGCCCGUCCUCGGAGUUCUCUACGAACGCCUCGCGCACCAAGUGCUCUUCCGGGGCACGUUGCUGCUGACGCAAAUGGCCAACGUCACCGUUCCCAUGUUCGAGAUGCGGCUUCCACCGCUCGAUGUAGAAGUCGUGGACGGCAGCAUCGCCGAUCUUUUCAAAGCUGCCACCACCGGGCAGCCACGAUACAUGCGGCCCAGAGAUGAGGGCCUGCCGGUCAUUGAUUCAUGCCUGGCUCCUGUUCAGGACGGCGUCAUGACAUGCUUCCAGAUCACCCACAGUGCAAGACACACCCUCGAUGUUGACGCUUUGGAGGAGGCUGCAAAGGGUCUCAGCAUCACCAAGAUUGUUAUUUACUUGGUCGUUCCCAGAGACAACUUCCGCGAUUUCUAUCGCGGAAAGACGUCCGGGAAAAGUCUUGCAUUCGAGCAGCGCGUCCUUUCACUCGAUGCGCCCCGCAAUCCCUUCACUCUGCGGGAGAUGCAAAAACGGCUCCAGACAGCUGACCUUUCUGAGCUCACGAAAGAUGAGAAGUGGCACCUCGGCGAAGAGACUGACGAGCUGAAGCGCCGGUACUUGGUUAUGAA